AUGAUUGUUGCUGUCAAGCUGAAGAAGAACAUGACAGUCGAUGAGGAAGUAAAGCUGCAGACAGAAAUUGAUGCCGAGAGCAUAAAUGCAGGAAAUGAUGCAUCUCAGCUGUCUGGUCAAACAUGCCCAAAAGAUAUAAAAGAUUUUGAAAAAAUCAAGGGAGACGCUUCAGAGGCCAUGUUUCACCAGGCUGGGGCAUUAGGGAAAUCUAAGGAAAACGGAGACACGCACAUAUCUACAUCUAUAAAUGGAAAUCAGAGUUCCUCCUUUCUUGCCAAAGAUGAGAAACAACCUCUAUCUGGCAGCAAAAUACCCAGGAGGAUGGGAAAUGAUGACCCUCCUUGGGCUGUUUCUUGCCAGCUAGAGGAAGUCUUACCUGUGGCUAGGUUUAAUGACUGUGAAAAAUCAUUAUCAGGAAAAAUUACAAUACAGGAUUUCCCAAGCACACUAGAAGCUUUUAAGUCAGCAAAAGGCAAAUGUAUUACCGAAAUCAAAUGUGGGGCUUUCAAUGUGCAAGUAGAAACCACAAAAACCUGUGAAACAGGAACACAGUUUCCCACAAAAAGGAGAUGCCCAACAUGUCAGCAGAGUGUUUCUGUGAAGAAAAUAAGGAGACGCUCCACAUCUAGGAACCACUUCCUUAAAUACAGCAAAAUAUUGACAGAAGAGUUCAAACCCAAGGUGCUUUCUACAUGCAAAGGAGAAAUUUCUAGAACUAAGACCCUCUCCCUGAAUGUAAACAUUGUAGGAAAAGAAAUUAAGAUUGAAUACAUGAGUAAAAACCAGAACAUAUUCAUUAAUAUAUCACCUCCUGAAAAGGUGGGAAAAUCAACUAACAGAAAUUGUCCCUUGAAUCAUAUCAAUACUGAACCUGCAGGGUCUGCUGCCCAGCCUGGUACCAAACACCCUGAAAACUGCAGGCUUGAAAACAAGAACCAGAGUUCAGAUGGUUUGCAUGACUCUCCUCACAUCGUGAAUAUUGUACAGAAGGAGAAUCCAGACACCAUUGUAGUUUCUCUAAGCUCAUCUCCCAAGAGAGAGAAAAAUAAACCCAACACACCACCUUCGGCCUUAGAUGAUUCUGAAGAGAGGGGAUCUGCCACCUCUCAGCAGAAGGUCUACAAAAUUAUUCAGGACAACCUCCAAAAGCAAAUUUUCCUCACAGCUGACAGUCAUCUUCCUACAACAUGUGAGACUUUAAGGAUCACAAGCUAAAAUAAUGCAGAUUUAAGUAAAAGAUCUUUUGAGGAGUCUAAGGAUGUGGAGAGUAGGAGAAAAAGCAACUCUGAUGUCAAGAAAAAUGUCACAUCAGGUUCAUAUGUACAGCCAAGCAUAGAAGGAACAAAUGGUCCCCUAAGUACUGUGAGCAGCAUCAUUCCCAUUCCAAAAGGCUCAGGCUCUGGCUUUUGUUCCUCAUCUUUUCUAACCAUGAACCUCAUAGGAGAAAAAGCAGCCAACAUCAGUUGCAAAGGCAACAAAACUCUAUGUGCAGAAGGCUGUGCGAACUCAAAUUCUCUAUCUUUCCCUACCAGUGAAAGUGUUCUGAAGACUCCUUUACUAAGUCCAUCUCAAGAGGCCAACAGAUAUUCAGAACCUAGAGAGAAUCCUGGGUAUAGAUUUUGCUUUAGUCAAUAUGCUGGGGUUGCGAAAGACCAGGAGAAAGUGCAGAGUGAUGUGGCUGACAGGGACAUUAAUGAAGCUAUUUUAUGUAGUGACUCAUUGGCAAACACGCAGCAACUUUUGGAAAGGAAGGACACACAGAGUCAAACUCUCAGGCCUGCAUUCUGCAGCAGCCUAGCUUCUGGGAGUCCACUUCAUGGCAUUAGCCACAGCUCUGCAGGAUGGAACCAAACAGAGAACCAGGCAAAUCGAACACAGCUGGCAGUCAUGUGCUCAGAAAUGGAUGAGUUAGAGCAAACUGUCACUACUCAAAAAGGCGAAGAAGGCAUAGUUAAUUCUAACUGUCCCAUGCAAACAAGAAACCCUAGAGAGGCAACUAGCAGUCUGAAAAAUGGUGAAGAUAAAUGCCAGGCAAUACCAGUGAUACACUGCAGAGAUUCCAAAGUCCUAACUGGUGAGACUCAUGAUGAACUCUGUUCUCAAAUGAACUUGCCACCAGACUCCGCUGAGUCCAGCUGUGCAGAAUGUGCUACAGGAAAGCUGUUUCUUACUGAGAAGCCACUAACAGGUGGUGCAGACCCAUUUGGUAAUCAAAGUGAGAGCAGCCUUGGACUGACCAGGUUCCAGCAGGAGUCAGCAGAGUCCCAAAGAACUGCAUCAGUAGCGCACCCUGAAGAAGAUGAGAACAAAAUGAAACUUACUAUCAAAACAACAGCAACCCAAAGGAAACUUACUAUUGCCUUGUGGACAUACUGCAGUUGCCUGAGAAGCAGAAGCUCUGAAAGAGUCAAGCUGGAAUCAAUCUCAACAAACAGUGAAACUAAAACAAACUUUGUGGAAAUAGCCAGAGAUGAGUUCACCUUGCUCAUUGCUGUAUUCCUAAAAAGCACAACAUCAAAAAUUAAAGUGAACAAAGAGUUGGACCUAAGAGGUGGAAGAGUCAGUGAUGGUUCCCAAGAAGAAGCAAUAGACCAGUGGGCCAGGUGGAGGCAGCAAUUCAAGGACAGCAAGAGAUGCAGUUCAAUGGUGGAUAGUUUCGUGGUCAGCAGCAACACUGAAGGCUCCAUCACCUCAGAGGAGGCUGGUUCUAUGGAUUUUGCCUUUUGAGUUGAUAUUGAAGAAAAAGGAUUCUACACUGAGAAUUUUCAUUCAGCAGGUGAUGAUGGGAAUCUUGAAGACAGUCCCAGGUGUCUUAGUAAAAAGCCACAACCAGUAGCUGUUCAUGAGCGAACUGUGAGAUUAUUCAAAGGAACUGGAGAUUAUCCCUGGGGAUUCCGGAUUCAGUUCUCCAAACCAAUCAUGGUAACUGAAGUGGAUACCAACAGUGCUGCUGAGGAAACUGGGCUCCAGAUUGGAGACGUGGUGCUUUCUGUCAAUGGCACUGAGGUCACCAGUGUUGAGCACACAGAAGCUGUGCACCUUGCAAGAAAAGGUCCAGACAUCUCGACUCUGGUGGUGGGAUCUGACAUUAGCCACUGUCCCAAUACCGCUUGGCCCACCUUCCGUGGCUACCUGCAUAAGAGGACUCACUCAGGCUUUGUGAAGGGCUGGAGGAAGAGGUGGUUUGUGCUGAAACAUGAUGGCUAUCUCCGCUAUUACAAACAUAGAAAGUUACAGGAUGAAGGAAAAUGGCCAACUUUAGAGGUGAUAAAAUUAGAAGGUACACAAGUUGAUAUUGAUAGUGGCAGGGGAAAACCAUUUGUGUUUAAUUUUGUGUCUCGAGCUGGAAAUAGAAUUUUUUUCCUCUGUGCAACUUCAGACCAAGAAAUGAAAAGGUGGCUUGAGGCAAUGAAUAAAGCAUCCCAUCCUAUCCGCCAGAACCAUGUCUGGGAAGAUGUUACACUGCACAACAGUAGCCUUCCACCUCUGGCUAUCAAAAGUCCAGAAUGUCUCGGCCUUCUACAUAAGCUGGAAAGAAGCACAGACAUGUGGGUCCAACACUACUGCAUUCUGAAGCAUGGCUGCUUAUAUUUCUACAAUAGCAUUUGUUCCACCCAGGCUUCAGGUGGCCUCUAUCUUCAAGGAUACCGGGUGAGUGAGCAGACUCAUAGCUUCAAACAAUCAGUGAUUGAACUCAAACCUCCAUUAGAAGAGUUCAAGACCUAUUUCUGUGCAGAAAAUAAAACAGAAAAGAAGCGCUGGAUUACAGCUUUGAAAACAUCUAUCAAAAAAUGGUUUCCUUUGGACCAGGCUAUUCAAGAGUUCAUGAAUCGACCUCUAGAAGAGACCCAAAUGUAAGGGAAACUCUAAUGAAAAAGAAAGAUUCCACGAAGCUGGCACCAACUUCCAGAAAGAACCAAAACAUUUCUUUUCUACAUUUUAAAAUAUCAUUUCUCAAAUAUACCCCUAUUGUAUUAAAAUUUUUGGUAAGAUUAUAAUUUUGCUUUUGAG